AAUCACGUUACUGCUAACUGGUGUGCAACCUAGCUUGCUGACUAGCUUGGUAGCGGCGCACACAGAACCAGCUGAGCAGCAGCAACACGACAGGGCAGCAGAGCAGAUGGGGGACAGGGUUUCUGUUAAAAUGUGCUGUAGCUGGGCUCUUGUCACCGGUUGGGUUGUGCUGCUGGUGCAGCUCCAGUGUUUACAGGCUGUUCCCAUCGGCAUCGACAAGACAAAAGUCAAAGAGGCAGAGAAAAAAACCGAAGAGCCUCCAGCCAAUGUGGACACAGGACUCCAUUAUGAUCGCUACCUAAGGGAAGUCAUUGAUUUUCUUGAGAAAGAUCAACAUUUCAGAGAAAAGUUGCACAAUACAGAUAUGGAAGACAUCAAGCAAGGUAAGCUGGCUCAAGAACUGGACUUUGUCAGCCAUCAUGUCAGAACGAAAUUGGACGAAUUAAAAAGACAAGAAGUAAAUCGACUGCGGACCCUGAUUAAGGCAAAACACGAUCUAGAAGGAGGAAGCGAUAUAGCUGUGGACCACCAGGCUCUCUUAAAGCAGUUUGAGCAUCUGAACCACAUGAACCCACAUACGUUUGAAGUGGAAGAUCUGGACCGGCUCAUUAAAUCGGCAACAAACGAUCUGGAGAAUUUUGACAAAGAGAGACAUGAGGAGUUUAAGAGGUAUGAGAUGAUGAAGGAGCACGACAGACGGGAGCACCUGAAGACCCUAGAUGAGGAGCAGAGGCAAAAAGAGGAGGAGCACUAUGAGGAGAUGAGGAAGAAGCAUGCUGAUCACCCUAAAGUCAACCACCCGGGUAGCCAGAAUCAACUGAAAGAAGUUUGGGAGGAAGCUGAUGGCUUAGACCCUGAGGACUUUGAUCCAAAGACAUUUUUCAACCUGCAUGAUACGAACGGAGAUGGUUUCUUCGACGAACAGGAGCUUGAAGCUUUGUUCACCAAAGAGCUAGAAAAAAUCUAUGACCCCACUAAUGAAGAGGACGAUAUGGUGGAGAUGGAAGAGGAGAGGCUGCGGAUGAGAGAACAUGUAAUGAACGAGGUGGAUACUAAUAAAGACAGGUUGGUGUCUUUAGACGAGUUCCUGGUUGCUACAAAGAAAAAAGAAUUCCUGGAGCCAGAUAGCUGGGAGACUCUGGAGCAGAAUCAAGCUUAUACAGAUGAAGAAAUGAGGGAGUUUGAGGAGCAUCUGGCGCAGCAAGAACAGGAUCUCAAUCAGAAGGCUGUUGAUCUUCAGAAACAGAGAGAAGAGCUGGAGCGGCAGCAGGAACAGCUGAAUGCACAGAAAGUUGAACUCCAGCAGGCUGUUGAGCAUAUGGAACGACUGAAGUCUGAGAAUGUAGAGCCUCCACCAGAAGUUCACAUCGAAGGAAACAUUGUCCCUGAAGUCCAUGCAGCUGACAACCAGUUGCAUCAUGAUCAAGAAGCUCAACCGCCAGGACACCAUGAGACUCCCCAGCACCAUCAAGACGCACAACAGGAGCAUCACGAACCCAAUCAAGACUUACCGCAGCAAGGUCACCCCCAGACGCAUCACGGCGAACCGCCAAACCAGCAGGGAGUUGCACAAGGCCAGCAUAACCUACCAUAACGGUGCCAUCAGUACAAACAACAGAAAAUCAACAGCAGACUUGUGCUGUAUUUCAACCCGUGCUUAAAAGAGGAGUCAUUUCUCCCAAUGAAAAGACCACUUUAACCAUUAUGUUGGUAAAAAUGAGGAUUGGCACAUAUCAGAUCUGUUAUCCCAGAUAAAUGUGUCUGAUGUCAGUAAUCUUCAAAUGACCUAAUUAAUAGAAUAUAAAUUGAUCCGUCAAUGGCAUAUAUAUCUGCAAGAGAAAUGCUAGAAAUUAAGAUGGAUGUUUGAAAUGCAUAUAGAGCAGCUGACUAUACAGAAAUUGAUUGAAGAGGAUAUUGGAAUCAUGCAUUACAGUUCGAAAGAGGAUUAAGGUAUAAAGUAAAAAAAAAAAAAUGCUUAGCUUCAAAUCUGGCUACACUCCUUUUUUAUGGUGAAAGAAAUGUAUUAUUUUUAACAUUUUCUACAGUUCAGAGACCAUGUAAACUCAAGGCAAAAACAGGCGGAAUUUACGUUUUCUGUUUAUGCUGAAUCUUCAAGUUCAUUUCUAAAUUAAAGACAUUUUUGAUGCAGUUUGGUUUUAUAUAUAUAUAUAUAUAUAUAUGUAUAUAUAUAGAGAGAGAGAGGGAGAGAAAAAAAGAAUCUUCUGAAAAGGACGUUUCUAUCAAAGUUAUCUGUUGGAUGUUUACCUUAGACUGCCCAACACGGCACACUCCAGCUGCUGCCUCCUGUUUUUUUUUUUUUUCAAAUAAUGGUGCUAGAAAUGAGUGGAGGAAAGAAAAAAAAUAAGAUUUGAAAAAACUUUUAAGUCCUGCAAAAUCUCUAUUGUAAUUUAAUACUGAGUAUAUAAUUAGUUCUAUCUGUGGUGCUCUGCAUGUUUAAAUGUUUCCCUUCUUCAAUCGACACCUGAUUCAUUGAGCCUUGAGUCUUUUGACUUAAUUUAGAUAUGAUGAAGCAUAACCUUGCCUCUAAGCUGAAUUCUCACAGCAUAUUCAGAAACACGAGAAUCCAUCUUAUACCGCUAAUGCUUCAACUAUUCAAGACCGACCCCAAAAAGGGAUCUGUCAAUCAUGGUGCACCGUUGUGUUUUAAGGCGGGACAUACAGCGCUGACCAAAACAAGAGCUGCUGAAUCCUCAGUAGAACCAAUAUGAACAUGGCAAGGCAGGAGAGCGUACAUGUAGCUGCUGCUAUAACAUCUGUUUGUCAGAAUCUAGGAUUUCAUCUUUAGAAGAAGAACAGAAAAAGCGUGAGAAAACAAAAUAAGUUGUUUUCUCAUGUCCCCUCAUUAUCUCAUUCGAUACUGUGAUUGGCUAAAACCAACACAUGGGAGGGGUGCAGUAGGUGUUGCUUUGUCCAGUCAGGUCAGAAGGUUCCUCUAGAUGCCGCUCAUUUCCCCAAAAAGAUUUGAGUUUGAUCACGUAUAGAACUAAACAGAUCUGGCCUGUUAGGUUAGUUGAAGUGGGGAAACAAACAUUUUCAGAGGCAGAAAAAAACCACAAGGACCUUUGUGGAAACGGUUAUUGCAUGCUUCUGGAAGGAUUUUACAUCUUAGAAUAGAAUUGAUCAUGUGGAACAAAAAAUAACCAUAGUGACUAUUUUGAAUAAAACUUGUUAUACAAAUUCAUAUGUACCAUGUUUGUAAAAUGACCAUAAUUAACUUAAGAGAUUUAUUUGUAUUUUAAUCCUAUUGCUGUGUGGUCCGUUAAAAAGGUACUGGUUAAGUUGGAGUGAUAUGCAGGUUCCUUUUUCAUCAAAACUACUUGGUUUAUGGUUUCAAGCAUUUCUUUGAGAUGGUUUAAUGAAGCAGUGGGACAUCUUACUGCGUUAUAGGCCGAUCUGUUACUUUAUAUUCAAUCUUUAAUGUUUUCUGUGUCAUAUGGUCCUUUAAAAACAAGGCUUUAUAUAACCUCACAGAAUAUACACGUCGGGUUUCUGAAUUCUCCCUGCUGUAUACCAGUCAUUUGGAAAAACAAAAAACCUCAGUUCAAGAAAAUAAAUCUGUUUACCUUUUCAGAA